GCGUUGUGCUCCCGUGUAGGUGCGAGAGAGCGAUCCUGAGAACUGAGAGCAGGCAAAGAGAAGAGGUGGAAAAAAACUAUGGGGAGGAAGAAGACAGUCGAAUUCGAUGAAUCUCCGCCGGAUGAUUUCGAUCCGGAGCAUCCGUAUAAGGAUCCAGUGGCGAUGCUGGAGAUGAGGGAACACAUUGUGAGAGAGAAGUGGAUCGAAAUAGAAAAGGCGAAGAUACUGAGGGAAAAGCUCAGAUGGUGCUACCGUAUUGAAGGGGUCAACCACCUUCAGAAAUGCCGCCACCUUGUUCAACAAUACCUCGAUUCCACUCGCGGCAUCGGCUGGGGCAAGGAUGGACGCCACCCAUCCCUUCAUGGUCCUAAAGUGGAGUCGGUGGAAUCGGAGUGAAUCUCUGGGAGGAAUAACGGUGGUUCGGCGUUGUAAAUUUCACUCCUGAAUAGCCUGUCUAAAAGGGAAGUCAACAAUCCAUCCUCCAUACGUUGUGUUCCCCUCUUUGUCCAGAUUUGAAUGCUUGUUGUAUUUGGACUCUUGUGUCCCCGGGGUGCUCUUGAUAAUCUCUCUUUCUGUAUUUGGUUGUCUGAAGUUCUCCUUGACCAUUUUUUUCUUGAUAAUCUCUCUUUCUGGAUUUGCUUAUCUGGUUUCUCCUGGACCAUUUUUUUCUUGUUUGGUUAGCAUUACUACCUAGGAAGUUAUCUAGAGUUCCUCGUGUGUCCUUCAUUUAUGAGCGAAGAUUUAUUUAUAUCCUGUUAAGAUGUCAUUUUUUGCGAAGAUUUGGGAUAAGCAGAGGAUGUCAUGAUGGAGGGAGGAGUGUUGGAAUCCACCUAUUUGUCAUGAAGGGGAAAGCCUCUCUUUUGAAUUCACCCAUUCAUGAAGGAAGGGUUUUGGUAAAGAAAAUGAAGCCCGACACACUGAAAAUAAUCUAAAUAUUCAAUACACAAUUUUUAGUAACUGCCCUCUAUUUUUAUUCUCAAACAAUUGGGGGCCUCUUAUUAUAGUUUUAUUAUUUUUCUUGUUUGGGCUCCCUUUUCCUUUCAGCCUUAUUAGUCUUGUGUAGCUUGGUCUUUCUUUGUUCAGAGGGAAAACAGAUU